GAAGUAGAAAGUUGGAGUACUAACUACUUAACGGUAAUAAUUCUGUCUCCGCCAAAACUUACACUGAAAAAUCCCAGAUUUUGAUUUGAAUGAAAAAUCCUCCGAUUUCUUGAUUCUUAAAGGGAGAAACAAAUGGGCGGAGAGGAUGGGAAGAGCAUUCUCCUGAUAGUGGUGGUGGUGCUGAUAUCCGCCGCCGCAGCGGUGGUGGAAUCUGCGAUCGGAGUGAACUGGGGCACUAUAGCAGUUCACAAGCUGCCGCCUUCCACGGUGGUGGAUCUCCUGAGGGAGAACAAUAUUCAGAAGGUGAAACUGUUCGACGCCGACCCGGCGGUGCUCAGUGCGCUGAUGGGCAGCGGGAUUGAGGUUAUGGUCGGAAUCCCAAACGACAUGCUGGCAGCCGUCGGCUCUUCUCCCUCCGCCGCAGAUUUGUGGGUCGCCCACAAUCUCACUAGAUAUAUGGUUAAUGGCGGCGUUAACAUCAAGUAUGUUGCUGUUGGUAAUGAACCUUUUCUUGCAAGUUACUCUGGUCAGUUCCAAUCCUAUGUUGUCCCUGCUGUAACAAAUGUACAACAGUCUUUGACCAAAGCAAAUCUUGGAGGUGCUGUAAAGCUGGUUGUCCCCUGCAAUGCUGAUGCCUAUGAGUCUUCACUUCCAUCACAAGGAGCCUUUAGACCUGAAUUGACCCAAAUAAUGACCCAACUUGUUUCACUCCUCAACUCUAAUGGCUCACCAUUUGUGGUUAACAUUUACCCCUUCCUCAGCCUCUAUGGGAACUCAGACUUCCCUCAAGACUAUGCGUUUUUCGAAGGGACAGCGCAUCCGGUGGUGGAUGGCCCGAACGUAUAUUACAAUGCGUUUGAUGGAAACUUGGACACUUUAGUUGCAGCCCUGUCGAAGCUCGGGUACAGUCAGAUGCCCAUAGUUAUAGGAGAGGUGGGAUGGCCCACGGAUGGCGCCACGAGUGCCAACCUUACGGCUGCAAGAGCUUUCAACCAAGGUCUUAUAUAUCAUGUUCUUGGCAACAAAGGGACCCCUUUGAGGCCCGGGAUGCCUCCUAUCGACGUUUAUCUUUUUAGCCUUUUUGAUGAGGGUGGGAAAAGCAUACUUCCCGGAGACUUCGAGAGACACUGGGGCAUCUUCUCGUUCGAUGGCCAGCUCAAGUAUCCGCUCGACCUUGGCAACGGUCAGCUCAAGAAUGCCCGAGGUGUCCCUUAUCUUCCAUACCGGUGGUGCAUUCUGAACCCUAACAAAGAUCUCUCGGCUGUGUCUAACCACAUUAGACUAGCGUGUAGCUUGGCCGAUUGCACAAGGCUGAACUAUGGAGGGUCGUGUAAUGGAAUCGGGGAAAAGGCGAACAUAUCGUACGCAUUCAACAGCUACUAUCAGCUCCAAAAGCAGAAUCCACAGAGCUGUGACUUUGAUGGGCUUGGACUAGUUACAUUCUUGGAUCCUUCUGUUGGUGAAUGCAGAUUCCUUGUUGGGGUCACUGACAAUAAUAAUUCUUCAGGGUUCAGCUUGCAAACCAAGUGGCCUCUAACCUUAAUCAUAAUAAUCUCUUGGGGGGUUUGGUUAUUUCUUAGCACAUGAUGAUUUGGGAGCACUAUGCUCAUACAUGAGUGUUCUGUUUAUUUCUUUUGAAAUUUAUAAAAUAUGAAAGGUGGAAAGCACAGGAGGGCUUGCUUAGAAGAAGCUAGCUGAUUGAGUAUUUCACUGAUUGGUGUGUGGUA